CCCGGAAAGCCCUUCCUUCGCUCCCGUUAGGCUGUAAGCGCUGAGAAGGGAGGAGAAAGCAGCGAGCCAGGAAGCCGAGCUCCCUCCCGCCGGGCCCUACCGCCCCCGUCUCCGAGCCGCCCCCAUCCCCGAGCCUCCUCCGCCGCCGUCAUGUUCCGGUACCUCGGGGAAGCGCUGCAGCUGUCCCGGGCUGGGGCCUCGGCCGCCGCCGCGGACCCCGCCGCCUCCGCCCUGCUCCUGCGGGCCCGGGGCCAGCCCGCCGCCGCGCCGCCGGCCCCUCGACGCCACUACAGCGAGGCGGCCGGGGCCGGCGAUGACGAUCCCAACUUCUUCAAGAUGGUGGAGGGCUUCUUCGACCGCGGCUCCAGGAUCGUGGAGGACAAGCUGGUGGAGGACCUGAAGACGCGGGAGACGGAGGAGCAGAAGCGCAACCGGGUGCGCGGCAUCCUGCGCAUCAUUAAGCCCUGCAACCAUGUGCUGAGCGUCACCUUCCCCAUCAAGAGGGACAACGGCUCCUGGGAGGUGAUCGAGGGCUACCGGGCGCAGCACAGCCAGCACCGCACUCCCUGCAAGGGAGGUAUCCGUUACAGUACAGAUGUUAGUGUGGAUGAAGUCAAAGCCUUGGCAUCUCUGAUGACUUAUAAAUGUGCUGUGGUUGAUGUGCCAUUUGGAGGAGCCAAAGCUGGUGUUAAAAUCAAUCCCAAGCAGUAUUCAGAUAAUGAGUUGGAAAAGAUCACAAGAAGGUUUACCAUGGAACUAGCAAAAAAGGGCUUUAUUGGACCUGGUGUUGAUGUUCCUGCUCCUGACAUGAGCACAGGUGAAAGAGAGAUGUCUUGGAUUGCAGAUACCUAUGCCAGUACCAUAGGACAUUAUGAUAUUAAUGCACAUGCCUGUGUGACUGGCAAGCCCAUUAGUCAAGGUGGUAUCCAUGGGCGUAUCUCUGCCACUGGUCGUGGUGUCUUCCAUGGAAUUGAAAACUUCAUCAAUGAGGCUUCUUACAUGAGUCUUUUGGGAAUGACUCCAGGAUUUGCAGAUAAAACAUUUGUUGUUCAGGGAUUUGGUAACGUAGGCCUUCAUUCGAUGAGAUACUUACAUCGUUUUGGUGCUAAAUGUGUUGGUGUUAGUGAAUAUGAGGGCGGCAUAUGGAAUCCAGAUGGCAUUGACCCCAAGGAGCUAGAGGAUUAUAAAUUGCAACAUGGAACAAUUAUUGGCUUCCCUAAGGCAAAGCCAUUUGAGGGAAACAUUUUGGAAGCAGAAUGUGACAUACUUAUUCCUGCUGCCAGUGAGAAACAGUUGACUAAGUCCAAUGCACCCAGAGUCAAAGCAAAGAUCAUUGCUGAAGGUGCCAAUGGACCCACAACCCCAGAGGCUGACAAGAUCUUCUUGGAGAGGAAUAUUCUGGUUGUGCCUGAUCUCUUCUUGAAUGCUGGAGGUGUGACAGUGUCCUACUUUGAAUGGCUGAAAAAUCUCAACCACGUCAGCUACGGCCGUUUGACAUUCAAAUACGAAAGGGAUUCUAACUAUCACCUGCUCAUGUCUGUUCAAGAAAGUUUAGAAAGAAAGUUUGGCAAGCAUGGCGGUACUAUUCCAGUUGUACCCACAGCAGAAUUCCAGGACAGGAUAUCGGGAGCGUCUGAGAAGGACAUUGUACACUCCGGGUUAGCAUAUACGAUGGAGCGUUCUGCCCGGCAAAUUAUGCGCACUGCCAUGAAGUAUAACCUGGGGCUGGACUUGAGAACUGCUGCUUAUGUCAACGCGAUCGAGAAAAUCUUCAAAGUGUAUAAUGAAGCCGGUUUGACCAUCACAUAAGCGAGUUAGCAGUGCUCCUGUCUUGGCAUUCUCUCUUCACCACCUCCUCCUGUUCUACAUCCUCUUCCAGCCUAUGACAAGUUUACAUGUAACCACAGAAAUAUCUUUUCCCUCAUGAUUUACUGUAGUGGACACUUCUCAACCAGUUUCAGUCCAAAUUAGUCUUUAAUUUUUUUUUAAACUCAGAUUCAUGGGUCUAACGAUAACUAGUUUGCUCAGUUGAGGGCCAUAUGGUGUGUUUUGCUACUCGGUGAAAUGCCUUCUCUCUAUGGGCAUACCACCUGCUCCUGAGGCUGCCUCCCUACCUCAGGAGUCAUCUGCUACAGCAGGCGAACGUCCGGUGGCUCAUAUUAGCAGUCAGCUCCCUCACUCCCUCACUGCUCAUUGCAGUUUUGGUGAAUGCUGUGACCUGCCUGAGACUUUCCAGGGGGCUUUAUUAUGACUAAGAUGGCUGUCCUGCAGGGAGUUAGAUUGUUACUUUACAUCAGCAAAAUACCUCCAUCUGACUUGUUGCAGAAUUAUAGACUUUUUCAUUAGUCAACGUUUUCCCUUUUUAAGAAAAAAACAGAAAACAAAACCAUGCUGCUGUAAUAGAAUUGCCUUUAAUCAUUUAUCAAACCUAACCUUGACUCAAGCAGUGAGAUGCCUAUAAAUGUGGAUGAAAGAAGCUAGUAUUUUUAUAACCUGAAAAGAACAGUAUCAUUUAUAGUUUAUCAACUGUGUACAGUUAUCCAGCAGAAACUAAAAUCCAGUUCAUAAUAGUCAAGUUCUCCUCUUUGUAACUCAACUGAUGAAUGGGGCUUGUUUUUCUUUUAACAUUUAAAAAUAUUCUGAACUUUGCUAAAUAUAAUCCUGACAUAUACUCCGACGAAUUUAGUAACCUCUUAAUCAUAAUAAAAAUGAGGUGGGGUUUUUGGUUUGUUUUGCUUUGAGAUCUGAUCAGAUCUCAGAUUGCUAGGUAUUAUGGUGCCUCGUUGAAAAAUGAAUUAAAAUAUGAAGUCUAACCAGAAA